AUGUUUUCGUUGACCUGCUCCAUACACAACUAUGAAAAAACAAAAUAGCACAAAACCUUGCAUUGGUUACAAGGUGACAAGCAGAUUUCUAAUUAACAUACUUUUUAUUUGUUUACUAUGCCAAAAUGUUUCUUCAAAUAUUUGUCCGUCUCCAGAAGAAAUUCUCCCAUGCCGAUGUACCGUGCAAGAAAAAGAAAUACAUAUAUGGUGUUCACACAGCAGCUUACCACAAAUCCUAAACAGUAUCAAAGCAAUUGAUAUGUACAUAAAAACUCCAAUAGAUGAAUUAGUUUUGGAGAACAAUCAGCUGCCAGCGUUGCCAGGACGUUUUUUCGGUUCCUUGCAAAUAGUACGACUAAUGUUACGUCACAAUGGCGUGGAGCGGGUUUCAAGUGGAUGGCUUAACGAAUUGGAAAACAGUCUUGUCGAAGUUUUUGUAGUUGAACCACGAUUGCGUAGCAUACCUGUGGAGAGUCUUAAUGGCUUGAUAAAUCUUAUAGCAAUAACAAUUCAAAGCAAUGAGCUCAAAUACUUGCCAGACUUUUCGGGACUUCUUAACCUCAUGUAUCUGAAUGUUCAAAGUAAAGUUCUUACUGAAUUACAACCACACAUUUUUCGACACUUACCCAAAUUACAACACAUUCACAUAAACGGUGGACCAAAUCUCAAUCGACUCCAGCCAGGACUGUUUAAGGACCUUGUUUCGGUGAAAACAAUCGAUUUGGGAAAGAAUGGAAUAAAUUGGAUCCAUCUUCAGGGACUUUAUAGAUUACCAAAUUUGGUGAGCCUUAAGCUAUCUCACAAUGAUAUAAGUGAUGUAACAAUGGUCAGUCGAUUGAUCAAGGGUCUUGAGGGUUUAAAGAAUCUACGAUUGGACCAUAAUAUUGUUAAUAUUCUCUCUGAGAACUCAUUUGUUGAUUUGCCAAGCUUGACCGAAUUGUAUUUAAAUGACAAUCGAAUCACUGAAAUAAAGUAUGGUGCGUUUUACAGAACGCCUAACCUCAAAAGAGUCUACCUGCACAAUAACCAUAUAAAGAAGAUCCAUCCCGAGUCAUUUUUACAAAAAUCUGGAACUGGCAUUGAGAAUCUCUUUAUCUAUCACAAUGAAAUUGAGCGUGUAGACGAACUCAGAUCACUUCUGGACUCUUUACCGACCUUAAAGUUCUUAGACAUAAGUAAUAAUAACCUGGUCAGUAUUCCAUUUGGUGUGUUGAGAGGACACGGAACUUUAGAACAACUGCACUUGAAUAACAACAAUAUUCGAUCAAUUGGACGAGACGCUUUUAUGGCAAUGCCAGCUCUGAGAGAGCUUAGACUGAGGAACAACAGUCUUUCAGACAAUUUACCAAGACCCUUCUGGAAUCUGCCAGGUCUUAUGGGUCUCGAUUUGUCCCAGAACCAACUGGAAAUCAUAGAUUCUUCGCUCCUCAAUGGCCUGCCCUCACUAAGAAGACUUGACUUGAGCGAGAAUCUUUUAAGCAAGAUCAAUCCAGAUGCCUUCCAGAACAAUCCACUGCUUGAAACCCUUAAUAUAUCCUCCAAUGGAGUAUCCUAUAUACAUCCUGAUACUUUUCGCAAUCUAAAUAGAUUAUUCGAAGUCGAUGCGAGUAUCAAUCGAAUGACCGAAUUUAUUGCGGGUCUUCCGAAUAUUGUGGAGAGAAUUUCCAUUAGAAAUAACAUAAUUUCCAGUCUCCAUCCAACCAUUGGAAAGUUACCAAACCUACGAAUGUUAGAUUUGAGUCAAAACAAAAUCGAACAUAUUCCAAGGAGAACUUUUCAAAUGACCAAUGAGUUGCGAGUUCUAAGCUUGGCAGAUAAUAAACUAAGAAGCUUAGAUGGAAGUACUUUCGAGGGUGGAGAACGUAUCGAAUUGUUGAAUUUGCAAAACAAUGAUUUGACAGAAAUCGAUGUGGAUACAUUUUCGCUGAUGCAUAACUUGAGAAACUUAAAUUUAAAUGGAAACAAAUUGGAAGCCAUUUCGGGCAACAUGUUCGGGAACAACACAAAGCUGGAGCAAUUAAACUUGGCUUUGAAUGUUAUUUGGAAUAUAUCGAGCAAUGCCUUUGAGCAGCAGAAUUCAUUAGAGUAUUUAGACUUAUCGGGAAAUCACCUGAGUGAUAUAUCGGCAACUUUGGCGCGUCUAAAAAACAUACGUGACAUAGAUUUAAGCUACAAUAAUAUUGUUCAACUACGCACGGAUGUCUUGGCGGCUUGGAAAAAUGUCGAAGAAAUACGCCUCUCAAACAAUCUCAUAACAUCAAUUCAGAGUGGAACUUUUCAGAAUCUUCCCAAGUUACAAUAUCUUGAUUUGUCAAGCAACGAAAUAAAUUCCAUUGAUACAGGAGCUGUCAAAAAUCUACGGGAACUUCAGGAACUUGUUUUGGCAGAUAAUAAAAUUAUCGAUUUAAAACAUCGGGUUUUCGAAAAUCUUCCCAAUUUAUUAGCAUUACAUUUGCAACACAAUUUGCUGAGGUUUAUUGCUGCUGAUAGUUUCUAUGAAGCGCCAUCUAUUGUUUUUUUGAAUUUGUCAAGUAAUAAUUUCUAUUCAAUGGACAAUGUUGGAUUGCAUAAUAUGAAAAAUCUUGAAGUUCUUGAUCUAUCAAAUAAUGCCAUGAGGAGUGUUUCUACGUUGCCACUGCGUUCACUUAAUUGGUUGGUAGAACUUAAAAUGGACAACAAUCAGAUAUGUAAGGUUCAGGGAUAUCCAUUCGAGGUAAUGCCUAGACUCAGAGUUCUAUCACUUCGAAAUAAUAAUUUUAGAACAUUACACGAGAAAACAUUUUCAACACUUCGUGGGAACAUAGCAAUUCUGGACCUAGAUGGAAACCCAAUGAUAUGCUCAUGUACGGUUCAAUGGCUAAGUGCAUGGUUAGAAGAAACAGGUUUUCCAUAUCCUGGUCCAACGUGUCAAGAUGGACAACUCUUACGUAAUUUACGAACUGAGAAAAUGAAUUGCACUGAUGACCAGAGAUCUUCAAAUUAUCUUCCAUUAUACAAUGAACAUGGUGAUGUAUUUAUGGGUGAAGGUCGAAGUGAAUUCAAGGAUGAAUGUGAUUCUUUGGGAGCAGAAUCUGACAACAACAACAACUAUACCAGACCACUUCUUACCGAUAGUGACUAUUUUUAUGACCAAUUUGUAGAUUAUCCAGCAUUUAAUAACACCCUUAAUCACCCAAAUAAUGUCAACAAUACCUUAUCGAAUUCACAUUCAUCCCAUCAUCAGUUACCUGGGAAUCUUAACAACAUUUCUCCAGGCUUAAGUCACAAUAAUCCAAAUAUUGAUUUGACUAAAACUUUGCUAAAUACCAGUGUUUUGAACAGAUACCCAACGAUACAGCAACAACACUCACCAUUUACAUUCUUCGGCUAUCCAAUUCCCUCAUUGGGAAUGGGUGGAUUUUUGGGUGCCAAUUCACGUCGAGAUCGUGGCUAUACGAAACUCGAACCCAGCAGGGGCAAGGUUCGAAUGCUGAAAGAUCCUUCCAGCAGUGAACUUGAAAAAUAUCUCGCACAAAAGACACAAUAUCAUGGAAUUACAUCUCGUAGUCGAGGCAUGAUAGAACCCGGCUCCGAAGAAUCGGGAAGCAAUGAAGACCCAAAGGUAUUUAAAACAUCAUUAACUGAGCCUAACAUUCAGAAGGGUGGCUUUAAACCUAUUGUACCUGAGCAUUUCGGUGGGUUUAUUCCCAUGACUUCCACCAGACAAAGUACUAAAAUUUACUUCGAACCAGAAGAGCCAAUAAAUGCUCUGUCGCCAGGUAUUGUUGAAACUAGCAGCACUCCAGAGCCUAUCCUGUCAACAGAAGAACUAACAACUAUUGUACCAUUGCCAUCUUAUACGUAUUAUGUUUCUGAAGAAGAAGCUCCUACGACAACCUCUAAGCCUGAAACGUCAUUCCAGAGAAAAUCGUCAUCAGAGGGGUCAGCGAGCGAGAAACCAGCUACAUAUUCAUUUGAAAGGAAGUCAUUUAUCACGGAGAACUCGAUACAAAUGUUAGACUCGGAAUCGGAAGAAGACUUAUACCUAGAAACAACCACUUCAAAAACUAUUCUCCUAAUUCCCCCUGAAGAAGAACUUAAAAGUCCAUCAUACAAACAGGGUAUUGUUAUUUUAGCAAAGGAUUCAUCAACUUCAUCAUCGAGUUCAGAAAGAAAUGAUUUGAAUUCAAUAGAAAAUAUUACACCUAGAAUUUUAAGUGGAAGACCGUCAAUUACGAAAGUUUUUACAGCACAAACUCUUCAACAAUAUUUGCCUUCUGCUGAAGAAUAUUCAAGUUCGGGUUCAACAGAUCCAAACUUCAAGUAUAAUAUUGACAAUCCAGUAACAGCUCCAUAUAGUAGAGAAACAAAUGUUGGUAGGAAAGACGGAAUGGAUUGGUAUUACAGAACUUAUAAAAAUCGAAAUCGUCUUGAGCGACACGAAAGAUUGGAAAAUUCUUUUUAUAAUAAGAGUUCAAAAGUUAUUAUACCAAGUUUUGUAACUAUCAUAAUAAAUUAUUUGUUAUUUUUACUUUAGAAAAAUUAUAUUUAAUAAUUAAAAUUAAUACCUACACAAAACAAAUUUUUGUAUUAAGAUUUUGUUUUUGUAAGAAACAAAUGUAAUUUAACGUAUGGAACAAAUGUCAUUUUAGAUUUAAAAGGGUAUUUUGUUAAGAGUUACUUGGCUAUUAGAAAUAAUGCAACUCAACAGAAGUUGACU